AUGGCCAUGUACACAAAAUUCACGAAAGAGGAAAUCUCCGAAAAGAGACCAAUAGGAGAGGGGUCGGUAGCCUUGAAGGAAAAGUGUAGUGCAAUAUCACUAGGUAAGAGAAUCCUAAACAAGAAGAAGGAUCCUGGAGUGGUCACAGUCCCAUGCACUAUAAAAGAAAGAACUUUCAAGAAGGUACUAAUUGAUUCUGGAGCUAGUGUGAGUCUGAUGCCAUUAUCAAUCUAUCAUGGGCUUGGUACUGGAAAUGUCAGUGAUACAAGGACAAAUAUGAAGUUUGUAGAUCACUCGAUUAAGAAUGCAUGUGGGAUAGCAGAAGAUGUGCUGGUGACAAUAGAGGAAUUAAGAUUUCCUGUUGAUUUUAUGAUCAUAGACAUAUCUGAGGAUGAAGAGACACCUAUCAUUCUUGGUCGACCAUUUAUGUAG